GUGUGUUGCGCAUCAAUUAAAUACACCAGAGCACGUGGUUAAACAUUUUUUUUUUUUAUUAUAAUUUAUGUUAUUUUGAAUUAUUGCAACACACAAAUAACGCGUCUUGUUUGUAAAUUAAUAUAAUUGAUAAGAUACUUGACCCUUGAAUUAUCUGGGUUCAUCAAUUGGAUAUUUAUAUCAAGAAUUGCUGGUGGUCGUGUUGGAUCAUUUGAUACAGUAAUACUCCAACAACAAAAUGGCAAUUAUUAAAUUUUACAAAACUCCAGGAUUAUUAGCUGGUAAAUUGACAAAUAAAAUUCAAGCUGUUAAAAAAAUAACAAAUAUUGUUGAUGAUAUUGAUACUGAGCUGUGUUACUACAUUGAAAGUACAACUAAACUUAAUGAGGAUGAAUUAAAAAUUGUCAAAUGGACAUUAAUUUCAUCGUUUGAUUUAAAAAGUUUAGUUGAUAAAUCUGUUUAUCAAACAAGUGCUGAUAAUAUUGUCAUAGAAAUUGGACCAAGAUUGAAUUUUUCAACAGCUUUUUCAAGUAAUGCUGUGUCAAUUUACAAGUCAGUUGGAUUGUCAAAAAUAACUCGUGUUGAAUUUUCAAUAAGAUAUUUAAUUAAAGCUAAAUCUCCACUUAAUUUACAAGAUGAAGAAUCAAUUGUUAAUGUAUUACAUGAUCGUAUGACAGAGUGUAGAUAUAAAGCACCAAUAGAAACUUUUGAUCAUGGUUUUGUGCCAGAAAAUUGGUUUGAAGUUGAUGUUAUUACACAAGGAAGAAAAGCAUUAGAAGAUGUUAAUACAAAGCUUGGUCUUGCAUUUGACAAUUGGGAUCUUGAUUUUUAUACAAAUUUAUUUAAAACAAAAUUAAAAAGAAAUCCAACAAGUGUUGAGUGUUUUGAUCUUGCUCAAUCAAAUAGUGAACACAGUAGACAUUGGUUUUUCCGUGGUAAAAUGAUUAUUGAUAAUGUUGAACAAGAAAAAACACUUUUUGAUAUGAUUAUUGAUACUCAAUUAUCAUCAAAUCAAAAUAAUGUUAUUAAAUUUGCUGAUAAUAGUAGUGCAAUAAAAGGUUUUAAAAAUACAGAAAUAAUUCCAGAAGCUACAUACAAACCAAGUCCAUUUGCUAUUAAAUCAAUAGAAAAAGAUUUAAUAUUUACUGCUGAAACACAUAAUUUUCCAACAGGUGUUGCACCAUUUAGUGGAGCAACAACUGGUACUGGUGGUCGUUUACGUGAUAUACAAGGUUGUGGUAGAGGUGGUUAUUAUAUAGCUGGUACAGCUGGUUAUUCAGUUGGUAAUUUACAAAUUCCAAAUUAUAAUCAACCAUGGGAAAAUAAUAAAUUUAAAUAUCCAACAAAUAUGGCAAGUCCACUUGAUAUUAUUAUUGAAGCAAGUAAUGGUGCAUCUGAUUAUGGUAAUAAAUUUGGUGAACCACUUAUUUGUGGUUUUACACGUUCAUUUGGUAUGAUUAUUGAUGAUGCUGAAAUGGAUAGACGUGAAUGGAUUAAACCAAUUAUGUUUUCUGGUGGUCUUGGUACAGUUGAUUCAAAUAUGACAACAAAAUUAACACCAGAAAAAGGAAUGGAAGUUGUUAAAAUUGGUGGUCCAGUUUAUAGAAUUGGUGUUGGUGGUGGUGCAGCAAGUUCAGUUGCUGUACAAGGUGAUAAUAAUAUUGAAUUAGAUUUUGGUGCUGUACAAAGAGGUGAUGCUGAAAUGGAACAAAAAUUAAAUAGACUUGUACGUGCAUGUACUGAAAUGGGUAAUAAUAAUCCUAUUCUAAGUAUUCAUGAUCAAGGAGCUGGUGGUAAUGGUAAUGUUUUAAAAGAAAUUGUUGAACCAGCUGGUGCUGUUAUAUUUACUAAAAAAUUUGAACUUGGUGAUCCAAGUAUAAGUACAAUGGAACUUUGGGGUGCUGAAUAUCAAGAAAAUAAUGCAAUAUUAUGUAAAAAUGAAGAUGUUAAAUUACUUGAAACAAUUGCAAUACGUGAAAAAUGUCCAAUUAAUUUUGUUGGUACUGUAACUGGUAAUGGAAAAAUUAUAUUAACUGAAGAUGAUGAUUUUAAUAUUGAAAAAUAUAUGAAUAAUAAUAUUAAUGAUAAUGAAAAACGUCAUCCAGUUGAUUUAGAUCUUGAAUUUAUUCUUGGUAAAAUGCCACAAAAAGAAUUUAAUAUGAAACGUAAAAUAUUAAAUUUAAAAAAAUUAUCAUUACCAAAUAAUUUAACAAUUGAUGAUGCAUUAAAUAGAGUAUUGAGAUUACCAUCAGUAUCAAGUAAACGUUAUUUAACAAAUAAAGUUGAUCGUUGUGUUACUGGUUUAAUUGUACAACAACAAUGUGUUGGUCCACUUCAAAUACCAUUGUCUGAUGUUGCUGUUGUUGCAACAUCACAUUUUGGUAAUACAGGUAUUGCAACAUCAAUUGGUGAACAACCAAUAAAAGGUCUUGUUAAUGUUAAAGCUGGUGCUAGAAUGACUGUUGCUGAGGCAUUAUCAAAUAUUGUAUUUGCUAAAAUAUCAGAUAUACGUGAUAUUAAAUGCAGUGGUAAUUGGAUGUGGGCAGCUAAAUUAGAUGGAGAAGGAGCUGCAUUAUAUGAGGCUUGUCAAUCAAUGUGUUUAAUUAUGAAAGAAUUUGGUAUUGCUAUUGAUGGAGGUAAAGAUUCAUUGAGUAUGGCAGCAAGAAUUGAUAAUGAUAUUGUCAAAGCACCUGGUACACUUGUUGUUUCAUGUUAUGCACCAGUUCCUGAUAUUAAAAAUAUUGUAACACCUGAUUUAAAAGCACCAGCAAUGGGUACUGAGGGUUGUCUUAUUUAUGUUGAUUUAUCAAAAGGUAAAUGUCGUCUUGGUGGUACAGCAUUGGCACAAGCAUUUUCACAACUUGGCAAUAAUUGUCCUGAUGUUGAAGAUUCACAAAUUAUUGUUAAUGCAUUUAAUGCAACACAAAAAUUAAUUGAACAAAAAUUAAUAUUAGCUGGACAUGAUAUUAGUGAUGGUGGACUUAUUACAUGUCUUCUUGAAAUGUCAUUUGCUGGUGUUUGUGGUAUUAAUGUUGAUAUUUCACAUAAAACUGGUAGCCAAUUUGAGAUACUAUUUAGUGAAGAAAUUGGAUGGGUUUUAGAAAUUUUACCAGAAAAUAUUGAUAUUGUACGUAAAACAUUUGAAGAGUAUAAUAUUCAUGAUUGUAUUCAUGUGAUUGGUAGUUCAACAAAUCUUGGAUUAAAUAAAAAAAUAAUAAUAUCAAUUGAUAAUACAAUUGUUGUAGAAAAAAGUGUUAUAAGUCUUAUGAAAAUAUGGGAAGAAACAAGUUAUGAAUUAGAAAAAAUACAAACAAAUAUUAAAUGUGCUGAUGAAGAAUUUAAUGGUCUUGAAAAUAGAAAAAUACCAUUACAAAAAUUAUCAUUUAAUCCUGAUGAAAUGCCAAUAAAUCAAUUUACAACAAUGUCACCAAAAAUUCAAGUUGCUGUUAUACGUGAAGAGGGAAUAAAUGGUGAUCGUGAAAUGGCAAUAUCAUUGAUACAAGCUGGUUUUGAUGUUUGGGAUAUAACAAUGCAAGAUUUAUUGAACAAUAAAAUAACCUUGGAUAAUUUUAGAGGUGUUGUAUUUCCAGGUGGUUUUAGUUAUGCUGAUGUUUUAGGAUCAGCAAAAGGUUGGGCAGCAAGUUUGCUAUUUCAUCCUUCAAUUUGUCAACAAUUUGAUAAUUUUAUAAAACGUGAUGAUACAUUUAGUCUUGGUGUUUGUAAUGGUUGUCAAUUAAUGAGUCAUCUUGGAUGGAUUGGUGGUAAAUCAAAUGACAUUAAUGAACAUCAACCAAAUGUUAUUCUUGAUCAUAACAAGUCAGAGAGAUUUGAGUGUCGUUGGAGUAAUGUUAAAAUUGAAAAAUCAAAAUCAAUAAUGCUUCAAGGAAUGGAAGGCACUGUUAUGGGUGUUUGGAUUGCUCAUGGUGAAGGAAGAUUUACAUUUAAAAAUAAUAAUAUACUAAAUGAUUUAGUUAGUAAAGGCUGUGUGACAAUUAAAUAUGCUGAUGAUCAAGGUAUACCAACUGAAACUUAUCCUAUGAAUCCAAAUGGCAGUGUUGAUGGUAUUGCUGGUAUUUGUUCAGAUGAUGGUAGACAUUUGGCAAUGAUGCCACAUCCAGAAAGAUGCACACAAAUGUGGCAAUGGCCAUAUGUACCAUCUGAAUUUGAUAAUUUCAAGGUAUCACCAUGGCUCAAGAUAUUCCAAAAUGCCAUGACCUGGUGUCUGGCCAAUUCCAAACAGUAAAUUAUCCUUUUUUUUUUAAAUAUUAUUUACAAAUAUUUUUAUAACAUUACAUAGUACAGUUGAAACAUUUUAAACUUGAAUAAUUUUUAUAGAAUUUAAACUUUCAGAAUUAAUUAAAAAUUACAUGAACCUUGAAGAAAAAUAAAAAAAAAACUCGUACAUUUUAUUAUUUGUUUUUUUCUUUUUGAUAAAAUAAAUCAAUUGAUUUUCAUUGCAAACCAGCAAAGAGAUCUGGAAACAAAAAAACAAUAAAUAAAUAAAUAAUAAUUGAUAAAUGAAAGAAAAAAAAA